UCAGGAACCAUGUACAUUUUGUUUCUAAUUUACUGAAGUAACGGUUCUUUGGGGGAAGGCAUAGAAUAGUGUUACUUUUCAUGAACUGCAGCAGGGUAACUGGCUGACUGGAAGGAUGCUGCCAUGACGUGUGCUCAAGGGAUUGGGGUUGUGGGAAGGAACUAAAGGUUUGUGAAGCUCCUCAAGUCAUUUGUUUCCUCUGACUUCUCCUACCAUCUCACUGCUCAGAUAAAGCCUGGGCAUAUAAUUUUCCUUUCGAAAGCUAGGUUCCUUCCCAUAGCUUGGGUCGUAGUUUAUCGCGGGGCUUGGCUUCAUUUCCCUGGUAUGAGAUCUCUGUCCCGGUGGACCGCUUGACCCAGCAUCCUGGCACCAAGAUUCCUCCGGUCCUGGAGCAGUUAAAGGCUUUCGCAUCCCCAUCGUUUCCAGGAGGGGCGCAUGCCCAGUUACACUGUAGUAUUUCCACUUUUAUCCCACGCUAGAUCCCGCUCUUUCCGCUCCCCUUCCUUUGCUGAUGGGGUGGAGCUAUUACGCCCGCCCGCAGCAGCUCUAGUGGGGCUGCGCAGGCACCGCCUUCUUCGCUUCGCCUAGUGGCUGCCGCCUCGGCAAAAACUGAUGUCCUGGAAACCGCGGUUGGGUUGAGAGUUAAGGGCGGAGGCAGACCGUCACGUGACGAUGUCGCUUCGCGUGCCACAGUGGGGAAGUCGACAAAACCCCGCGAAAAUCGACUCUUUGCAUUGCACAUUUUGUUGAUUUUCCCCCGUUUUUCUUUGUCUCCGCCCCCUACCCAUCCAAGAGAGGAUUAAAAAAAAAAAAAAAAAAAAAACCCUAACGCUGUCGGGACCCGGAAGCGGAAAGGGCAUCUUUGAGGUCGAUACUUCCGGGUCACUGGGAGAGUGCGGGAUUCCUGGGCCGAGAGCGGGUGGCGGAGCCGGGACCUCGCGUGAUUCUCGGAACCCGAGGAGAAGCGGUGUCCGGGGCUAUGGCUGUGACUCUGGACAAAGACGCUUAUUAUCGGCGAGUGAAGAGACUGUACAGCAAUUGGCGGAAAGGAGAAGAUGAGUAUGCCAACGUUGAUGCCAUUGUUGUAUCAGUGGGUGUGGAUGAAGAAAUUGUUUAUGCCAAAUCAACUGCCUUACAGACAUGGCUCUUUGGUUAUGAACUCACUGAUACUAUCAUGGUCUUCUGUGAUGACAAAAUCAUCUUUAUGGCCAGCAAGAAAAAAGUGGAGUUCUUGAAACAGAUUGCCAAUACUAAGGGCAAUGAGAACGCUAAUGGAGCCCCUGCCAUCACACUGCUAAUACGAGAAAAGAAUGAAAGUAAUAAGAGCAGCUUUGACAAAAUGAUUGAAGCCAUUAAAGAAAGCAAGAAUGGCAAGAAGAUUGGAGUGUUCAGCAAAGACAAAUUCCCUGGAGAGUUCAUGAAGAGCUGGAAUGACAGCCUUAACAAAGAAGGCUUUGACAAAGUAAGAAUACUACUGGAAAGUAGCAAAUCAAGAGUCGAGAAGACAGAAAUAUGACGGGCAUCCAUAACAGAUAGUACAGGAUGUUUGUUCUGGGAAAACUUGUUACUUUAUUUCUGGAUGUUCUUAUAGAAAGUUCGACACAGCAAACUGGCUGAGUCUGUGGAAAAGGCCAUUGAAGAGAAAAAAUACCUUGCUGGGGCAGACCCUUCCACUGUGGAAAUGUGUUACCCUCCUAUCAUUCAGAGUGGUGGCAACUAUAAUCUCAAGUUCAGUGUGGUGAGUGACAAGAAUCAUAUGCAUUUUGGGGCUAUCACUUGUGCCAUGGGUAUUCGCUUCAAGUCUUACUGCUCCAACCUUGUUCGCACUUUGAUGGUUGAUCCUUCUCAGGAAGUUCAAGAGAAUUACAACUUUUUACUCCAGCUUCAAGAGGAGCUGCUAAAGGAAUUAAGACAUGGUGAGGUGCCUGAUGGCCCUGCCACUGUGCUCACUUCUGUGAAGAAGAAAGUGAAGAAUGUGGGGAUUUUCCUAAAGAAUGAAGAUGAGGAAGAAGAAGAGGAGGAGAAAGAUGAGGCAGAGGACCUUUUGGGAAGAGGUUCUCGAGCAGCAUUACUUACGGAAAGAACAAGAAAUGAAAUGACUGCAGAAGAGAAGCGAAGAGCACAUCAGAAAGAACUAGCAGCUCAACUCAAUGAAGAAGCAAAGAGGCGAUUGACUGAACAAAAGGGAGAGCAGCAGAUUCAGAAAGCUCGCAAAUCUAAUGUGUCCUAUAAAAACCCAUCUCUGAUGCCUAAGGAACCACAUAUUCGGGAAAUGAAGAUCUACAUUGAUAAGAAAUAUGAGACUGUAAUAAUGCCUGUGUUUGGCAUUGCAACACCUUUUCACAUUGCCACUAUCAAGAAUAUAAGUAUGUCCGUGGAAGGAGAUUAUACUUACUUGCGAAUCAACUUUUAUUGCCCAGGCAGUGCUCUGGGCAGGAAUGAAGGCAACAUCUUUCCUAACCCUGAAGCGACUUUUGUCAAGGAAAUUACGUACCGAGCUUCAAAUAUUAAGGCACCUGGUGAGCAGACAGUACCAGCCUUGAACCUUCAGAAUGCUUUCCGAAUUAUAAAAGAAGUACAGAAACGUUAUAAAACUCGAGAAGCCGAAGAGAAAGAGAAGGAGGGCAUUGUAAAACAAGACUCACUGGUGAUCAAUCUAAACCGGAGUAAUCCCAAACUGAAAGAUCUAUACAUUCGCCCCAAUAUUGCCCAGAAGAGGAUGCAAGGCUCACUAGAGGCCCAUGUCAAUGGCUUCCGCUUCACAUCUGUUCGAGGAGACAAAGUGGAUAUAUUGUACAAUAAUAUUAAGCAUGCUUUGUUCCAGCCCUGUGAUGGAGAAAUGAUUAUUGUCCUGCACUUUCACCUUAAGAAUGCCAUCAUGUUUGGGAAGAAGCGGCACACAGAUGUGCAGUUCUACACAGAAGUCGGAGAGAUAACCACGGACUUGGGGAAACAUCAACAUAUGCAUGACCGAGAUGACCUCUAUGCUGAGCAGAUGGAACGAGAAAUGAGGCACAAACUGAAGACAGCCUUUAAAAAUUUCAUUGAGAAAGUAGAGGCUCUAACUAAGGAGGAACUGGAAUUUGAAGUGCCUUUUAGAGACUUGGGAUUUAAUGGAGCUCCCUAUAGGAGUACCUGCCUCCUUCAGCCCACUAGUAGUGCACUGGUAAAUGCUACAGAAUGGCCACCUUUUGUGGUGACGUUGGAUGAAGUGGAGCUGAUUCACUUUGAGCGGGUCCAGUUUCACCUGAAGAACUUUGAUAUGGUAAUUGUCUACAAGGAUUACAGCAAGAAAGUGACUAUGAUCAAUGCCAUUCCUGUAGCCUCUCUUGACCCCAUCAAGGAAUGGUUGAAUUCCUGCGACCUGAAGUACACAGAAGGAGUACAGUCCCUCAACUGGACUAAAAUCAUGAAGACCAUUGUUGAUGAUCCCGAGGGCUUCUUUGAACAAGGUGGCUGGUCUUUUCUGGAGCCUGAGGGUGAGGGGAGUGAUGCUGAGGAAGGGGAUUCAGAGUCUGAAAUUGAAGAUGAGACUUUUAAUCCUUCAGAAGAUGAUUAUGAAGAGGAAGAGGAGGACAGUGAUGAAGAUUAUUCAUCAGAAGCAGAAGAGUCAGACUAUUCUAAGGAAUCAUUGGGUAGUGAAGAAGAGAGUGGAAAGGAUUGGGAUGAACUGGAGGAAGAAGCCCGAAAAGCGGACCGAGAAAGUCGUUACGAGGAAGAAGAAGAACAGAGUCGAAGUAUGAGCCGGAAGAGGAAGGCAUCUGUGCACAAUUCGGGCCGUGGCUCUAACCGUGGUUCCAGACACAGCUCUGCACCCCCCAAGAAAAAGAGGAAGUAACUUCUGAACUUUGGCCCUGUGCUCCAUUCUUCCUCCAGUCAACCCCUGAAAAUUUUACAUGACAUAGAAACUGUAUUUUUCCUUUUGUUUUCAUUUGAAGUUUUGCCAUUUGUGUUUAUGGGUUUAGGGGGCCAUUUGUGUGGACCAAUCUACUCGGGGAAUUCCAGGCCCACCAGGACACGUGCCAGUGGCCCCAUUCAGAUGGCAAGGGAAGAGGUGUUCUUGAAGACAGGAGGAGGAUCCCGCUGUUAAUAAAUAUUGUUUCAUUCUUCUCUCUUCCUGUCACCUUCUGCCAGGACUGCGAUGGCUUUUGACAUCUUAUGUGGUAUCUCAAAGCUGUAUUUCCAAGACAGUGGUACGAGGUGACUCUUAAUUACUUGUAUCAUGGUUCUUGACCAGCAUAUUGAAUCUUCCAUCUUACCCUUCUGCCAUGACCUUCCUCACAUCUCUAAGUUUUAUCUUUGCAAUACUCAAGAUUCUUGGAAAUUUGCUGACAUUUGCGAUAAUCCAUACAACUUGAGCUAGUGAGGCAGACUGGGCUGGUGCCUUCAUCCGAGUUUUUCUGCUUUCUUACCUCAUGCAGAUUCUGAGGUAUUUCUGCUGCCUUGGAAGACAUAAGAAAGAUGCAGUGAUACUCCCUGGCUUGGUUAUUUUCUCCAUACAAAUGCACACAUGGUACAAUGAUAGAAGGCAAAAUUACCACUGUCUUUUUUUUUGGUAUAUAUAAGGAAGAAUGGUUGUUCCUCGUAUACUGCGUCUAGUGAAAUCUAGAGGAAAGCUCAAAGGAGUCAACAUUUAGAUCUGGAAGGGGCAAAUCAUGCCUUGGGCCUAGAAUACCCUGAUGAGAAAAGAGAAGAGGAAGGGAGGCCAUAUCUACAACACAGCCUCUCAGCACUGCCGCUCCUUAUUUUAACUUGUCUUGCAUUGUCACAGUUUCUGUUGAACAGCUUUUCAAGUAUUUGGGGAGUUUAUCUUGCCAUCCUCCCCUUCUGGUUCUCUGCACCCACCUGUCCCACUGCAGUUCCUUCCAUGCUCUGACUUUAAGAGAAGAAGUGGGGAGGGGUCCCGGAUUUUAUGUUUGUUUUUUUCUCCUUAGCAGUAGGACUUGAUAUUUUCAAUUUUGGAAGAACUAAAAGAUGAAUAAACUGGGUUUUUUUUGUUGUUGUUGUUUGUUUUUGUAAA